AUGGCUACAAUGAUGCCUGAAAUGGAAAUGACGGGGAUGGCAAUUUUGGAUCAUGCAAGCCAUGGCCAAGCCGUGCUCGACGAUUCCGACUCGGACUCCGUGGUGAAGAUGGAAGAAGACGACGACGAUGACGACUCUUCUUCCGGUGGACCAGGUGCAAUUCUCAGAAGUCUGCAACAUGAGACCGAGAACCGUGACUCCCCCAAUAGUUCCAUGACCUCGGGGUCGGUCGCAUCCUCAAUUGCAGACCCGAAGACCAAAAUCUCACUCAAGCUGGAGGCCAAAGCCGAAAGCUCGGACAGAGUAAGCCCCUAUAUGUUCCUACAGGCGCCUGCAAGCUGUCGAGCGAAAUCGUCCAUCCCACCCCGGUUAUCUCCAUCCGAAUAUGCCAGCCAAUGUGUGGCCGCCGCCGAAGCAUCGAGGCUGAAUCCGUAUGCCUUGCACGAAGAUGAGCACAAGUUGUUACAGGACAAGUUGUGUUACUCCCACGUAACCGUGUAUCUGAACAUUCGGAAUGGCAUUCUCAGGCUGUGGACUCGAAACCCAAGCGUCAGCGUCACCCUCGAAGAGGCAAUUGGCUGUGCAAGAGACGAACGAUGGACUCGCCUGGCUUGUUUUGCGUACGAAUGGCUCCUGCGGCGAGGUUACAUCAACUUCGGCUGCGUUGAGCCUCCCCAGAUGCCGAAGCCUGUGAGUCGAGGUCGCAAAAAGGAAUCCCCUCGAGAGACCAUUGUGGUGAUCGGAGGCGGUAUGGCAGGUCUGAGUACUGCACGACAACUCACGAAUCUCUUUCACCACUACCCAGACCGGACUCCUCCAAAGAUCAUUGUCCUCGAAGGUCGCGAUAGAAUAGGUGGGCGUAUUUACUCACAUCCACUUACUAGCCUGCGAUCUUCAAAAUUAUCUCCCGACCAAAGGCCCACGGCAGAGAUGGGUGCUCACAUCAUUGUCGGGUUCGAACGCGGAAAUCCCCUCAAUGCCAUUGUUCGAGGCCAAUUGGCCCUCGAAUAUCACCUCCUCCGAGACCUUUCUACACUCUACGACAUCGAUGGUACCCCGGUCAAUGGCGUGAACGACGCGAUGAUCGAGCGGCUCUACAAUGAUGUCCUAGACCGGACCGGGCAUUACCGCCUCAAGCAUACCGUCAAGAAGACUGCGCAAGGUGACAAGGAGUUCAUUGAUGGCGGGCGUGAUCCUCCCAAUGAAGAGUCGCUCACAAUCAAACAAUACGAAGAAGCUACUGCAUUGGGCACAAUUGAUCAGUUGUUGCCAAGUAAGAAAUCAAGAAGACGAGGUGCAGGCCAUCGGGCCGCUAAGGGUGACAAGUCCUCGGAAGAGGUGGACACAAACAUGGAAACCAAGAUGCAACUGCCUGCGGCACAAGCCGCGAAAGAGUUCGGAUUCUUGCUCCGAAAGACCACUCGGAUGGAUGAAACGCUUGAGCUUGAUGACCUCGCCAUGAAGCUCAAUCAAUCUCUCGGCACCGUGAUGGAUACUGGUAUUGAUCAGUAUCAGAAGUUUCUCGAUCUGAAACCCUAUGCCCUUCGGUUGAUCAAUUGGCACUUUGCGAACCUCGAGUAUGCCAACGCCGCCAACGUGGACAAGCUGAGCCUUCGAAGCUGGGACCAGGAUAUUGGAAACGAGUUCGAGGGCGAACAUGCCCAAGUCGUAGGGGGAUAUCAACAAGUGCCACGGGCCUUGUGGCGUUACCCAGAACCGCUUGACGUGAGAACUCACAAGCCGGUCAAGAGUAUCAGGUACAGUGCGGCUGGGUCGCGUAGCCGGGCCACUAUCACAUGUGAGGACGGACAGUCCAUCGAGGCUGACAAGGUGGUCUUUACCGCGCCUCUGGGCGUGCUGAAACAGCAAUCCAUCCAAUUCGAACCUCCCUUACCCCAGUGGAAGCGCGAUGCUAUCAGGAGAAUGGGGUUUGGAUUGCUCAACAAAGUCAUCCUUGUUUUCGAGCGGCCUUUCUGGGAUGUUGACAGAGACAUGUUUGGCCUUCUUCGUGGCCCUCGCACCGGACAAGGUCUCCACCAGACUGAUUACAAAGAGGGUCGCGGCCAGUUCUAUUUGUUUUGGAACUGUAUCCCGACCAGUGGUCUCCCUGUGUUGAUCGCGCUGAUGGCUGGAGAGGCGGCGCACGAGGCAGAAAAGGUAUGUGAUGAAGAGCUGGUUGGACAAUGUUUGGCCCAGCUGCGAAACGUGUUCGGCGCCCCGAACGUACCACUGCCGCUGGAAUCCAUCGUCACUCGGUGGGGUUCGGAUCGGUUUGCAAGGGGCACAUACUCUUACGUCGCUGCUGAGGCCAGACCAGGCGACUACGAUCUCAUUGCUGCCCCGAUACAGAAUCUUUUCUUUGCCGGUGAAGCCACCAUCGCCACCCAUCCCGCUACUGUACAUGGCGCAUAUCUAUCAGGUCUCCGGGCAGCUCAUGAAGUCUUCGAGUCAAUGGUGGGGACAGUCGCCAUCCCACCAACUCUGGUGCCACCUGCCGUGCCUAAAAAGGCGUCUUCUGUCCCAGUGGACUUGACACUGAUGGACACUCAUAUGGUGCAAGGGGGUAAAAGGAAAGGAGACGAGCUACUCCCUGCUGGCACGUUUACAAGACCGGUCAAAGAAAAAGACAAUUCGCUUCAAGAAGCGUGGGAUGCUGCCAUGUGGGUGCGGAUUUACGACGACCUUGGCCCUCCACCGGUGAAACCUCAAAGAGCAACGGUCAAUGCCUUCCUCUUGUAUUCCGGCGAGCAUUGGGAAGGGGUCAAGACUCAUCUGAUAGAAGAACGGAAAAGGACUGGGAAGAGGAGCAAACAAUCCGAGCGCGACCAAGUCCGGAUCGAGCUUGGAAAAAUGUGGGCUGCCCUGUCGGAAGAAGAGAAAAAGCCAUACACGGACCGGAUCAACAAGAACAGAGAAGAGAACGAGCGGGCGAUGAAAGAAUGGUCUGCCAAAGCGGCCGAAUGGGAUCGACGGACGUGGGAAGUCAAGGACGUGUGGAUCAAAGAGGGCAACAGUUUCGAGGAGUUUUGCAAACGCAAACGCGAGGACGAUGCGUUGAUGGAUGCGGCGGGAGCGAAACGGACCAAGAUUUAG